AAAACGCACGGGUCCUCUUCGUGUGUUUGGCGCAAUUGAAUGACGUUGCUAGUGCAUCAGAUGAAAAGUAACCUGAUACGAAUUGCUGCGUAAAUUUAAGAGGUAUCACUCUCCGUGUGCACUGUCACUAUGACCGAGAAUGAUGUGGAGAACGAGUUGUUGGACUACGAGGAGGAUGAGGUUGACACCGCGGGGAGUGUCGGUGACGGAGCCCUGGUCGGGGUAGGGGGCGACCCGUUAUCCAUACGGAAAGAGGCGGUAAAGGGCUCCUACGUGUCCAUCCACUCGUCCGGCUUCCGAGACUUUCUGCUGAAGCCCGAGUUGCUGAGAGCCAUCGUGGACUGCGGCUUCGAGCAUCCUUCCGAAGUUCAACAUGAGUGCAUUCCCCAGGCCAUCUUGGGGAUGGAUGUGUUGUGUCAGGCCAAGUCUGGAAUGGGCAAGACAGCUGUCUUCGUCCUGGCCACCCUGCAACAGCUCGAGCCUGUCACUGGGCAGGUGUCGGUCCUGGUGAUGUGCCACACGAGAGAACUGGCCUUCCAGAUCAGCAAGGAGUACGAGCGCUUCUCCAAGUAUAUGCCCACUGUUAAGGUGGCCGUGUUCUUUGGGGGUCUGUCCAUCAAGAAGGACGAGGAGGUUUUGAAGCGAGAGAGUCCCCACGUGGUGGUGGGCACGCCGGGACGCAUCCUGGCCCUCUCCCGCAACAAGAGCCUCAACCUGCGCCACAUCAAACAUUUCAUCUUGGAUGAAUGUGACAAGAUGCUCGAACAGCUUGACAUGCGUCGAGAUGUGCAGGAGAUUUUUCGCAUGACCCCCCAUGAGAAGCAAGUGAUGAUGUUCAGCGCCACACUCAGCAAAGAGAUCCGCCCCGUCUGCCGGAAGUUCAUGCAAGAUCCGAUGGAGGUGUUUGUGGACGACGAGACCAAGCUGACGCUGCACGGCCUGCAGCAGUACUACGUCAAGCUCAAGGACAACGAGAAGAACCGCAAGCUCUUCGACCUGCUUGACGUGCUCGAGUUCAACCAGGUGGUGAUCUUUGUGAAGUCUGUGCAGCGCUGCAUUGCUCUCGCUCAGCUGCUGGUGGAGCAGAACUUUCCAGCCAUCGCCAUCCACCGAGGCAUGCCACAGGAGGAGAGGCUGUCCCGUUACCAGCAGUUUAAGGAUUUCCAGCGUCGUAUCCUGGUGGCUACCAACCUGUUUGGCCGUGGCAUGGACAUAGAGAGAGUCAACAUCGCCUUUAACUACGACAUGCCCGAGGACUCGGACACAUACCUGCACAGGGUGGCACGUGCGGGCCGCUUCGGGACAAAGGGUCUGGCCAUCACCUUUGUGUCAGACGAGACUGACGCCCGCAUCCUGAACGACGUGCAGGACCGCUUCGAAGUCAACAUCAGCGAGCUGCCUGAAGAAAUCGACAUCUCCACUUACAUUGAACAGACCCGAUGAAGCGACGUCGAAGGCUGACGGGAGAUGUGGACAUGCAGAGUCGUAGGCAUGGGCAGCUAGCUGUGAUAUCCAGCUGCAGAGGUGUAUAUUUUACAAGUGGAAGUACUCUUACCGGUGUAAUUACUACAGCAGUAUAUGACCUUGCAUAGCUCACCAUACUUACCAGUUAUUCCACUGUAACUAAAGAGGAAGAUGCACCGUAAGGGUACUUCUACUUUUACCUUCUACAACUCUGUCUAGUUGUAACUAACUCUGUUCAGGGGGAGUAGACUUCCGUGUGUUGACCUGGGCUCUGGCCUUAGGGUCUCUAGUCAUGAUGUUAGUAGGCUUUAGGUUCCCCCACCCCACAUCCCUCUACUGAACACCAAAAACCCUGACGUUCUCUCCGAGUGAUAAUAAUGCGCUUCUGCCCGUGACACAAUGUUCCUUGUGUGUUUGUUUACCGUUGUGGGAGUGAAAUUGUUAAGAGCAAUGUGGUGUUUUGGGUUGUUUUUCUUUGUUUUUUUGGGGUUUUUUUUACAUCACAUUAAGAUGUUUCCAAAUGUUAUGGUAGUGAUGUACCUGUGGCAGACUGUGAUGAUGGCCGUGGCCGGUGAUUUAAAACCUGUCAUUUGUAGCAGUUUGUAGCUUGUGGUAUUUAUGCAUCACUUGCUUGACACAAAUAAAUAACAACAGUGUUUUUGUCUA